UGUAAGCAAACUCUAUGGAUGCUUCUCAGGUUGUGCUGCCAAGGACUUGUGGUUGCUUUAACUCUGCUCUCAGGACACUCAAACUCAAACGUGCACUAACACAAAUGUUGACUGACUCUGGCAAACCGGUCACAAAAUGCAGGUGUCUGCUUAAAUCGAAGCAAUUCGCUGUCAACACAGAGCUCGGAGUCAGUUCCUGUUUACAGCUACCUUGGCUCCUCAGCUCUUCUUUGCUUUCACUGGGAUCAUGGACUCCAUCCUGCUUCUUGAAGAAAAGAGAAUAAUUCAGAUAAACUGUCCAUGUUGUCUUGCUGACAUACACAGAGCCACCCUAUGCUUGUUUUCCUUAGGAAUUAAUAUUUGGAAAAAAAGUUAUCAUAAAGAAACUUGUGCAAGUCUGAAGGGAAAACCAGCUGUUCUGAGGUCUCUGUCAUUGUACUUAGAGAUGAACAAAAACCCCAAUUUACUAACGGAGCCCUUGUGCUUUGGAUUGUCUCAGAGUUCCAGGAUUUUUCCACCAAAAAAGGAGAGAUGAAGCACUGUGCCCUGUGACAUUUAUUUUUGCUGGUUUCACCACUGGAGGAUGGCCGCCAGACUCUGUGAAAAUGGUUCUGCUCAGCACCACUGCACCCACACCAGCCAACCUCCUGAAAUCAGCUACAUGCUGGUCCUGAUUAUGCUUGGAAAAGUCUUCCUUGAUUUCUUCAUGUUGCAAAUUAAGCCAAGAGCUGUGAAAGUCAGUUUUAUGGGUUACUUCUGUGUUUCAGUGGCACUCCUUGAUUUCACACUGCUGCUGAGCAUGUGUUUCAUUUUCUGGUUUGAGGACUUUGCGCUCUGGGGCGUGCGAUUCACGGAGUACCACAUCUGCCUCUUCACUCAGAUCUCUUCUCUGACCUACGGCAUUUUGCCUUACCCCGUGUACCUCGUGGCUGCUCUGGAUUAUUACACCACCAUCUCCCAAACAUCCCAGCUCCCUACAACAGCUCGGAAGUUUCUUUAUGGAUUUGCUGUGGUGGUGAUAUGGAUUUCUGGGUUUUUUUGCACUCUCCAAGUUCCUGCUGUCUCUGGAGAGCUGGAGAUGCAGAACAGAGUUUCCCCUUCCCAGUGCCCUCUCUCUGGCAGCUGGCAGAGCUCCUCGGUGUCGUGGGCCAUGGUGCUGCUGCUGGGCACGGCUCUCCUGGCUUGCUGGAGGGAGGUGACAACCAUGCUGCUGUCUGCCAGGCUCCUCUCCUUUUCCAGCCAGCCUGUGCUGAUGUUCCCAUACGUGCCUAACAACAACACUUGCUUUAGGUGGCAGCUCCUGAGCAGGCUCCUCCUGUGUUUCCUUGGCACCUGGGCACCGUUUGUUGUUCUCCAGGUGGUGGUUCUGCUCCUGGGAGUGCAGAUCCCGGCCUAUGUGGAGAUGAACGUGCCCUGGCUGUGCUUCAUCAACAGCUUUCUCCUGGCAGCAGCCUACUGGUGCCGGUGCCACGAGGUGGAGCUGGCAGAGGAGGGGUGGUGCACAGACCCCUUUGUCAGCUGGAAAUUCUGCUUUAUGCCGUUCAACAAUGAAAGCACAAAGCCAGCUGAUAAGCCAGGCACAGUAAUUGUCAUCUGUUAAUGAGCUGCCACUGAAAAGGCUGCAAAGAAGCAGAACUCUGAUGUUGGGUGGCUGGGUCCUUACAGACAACACAAGGAAACAUCUCCAGAGCUUCACUCCACAGAAACAAGUCCAGUGCCCAGCAAUACUGCAGUGAAUGUUGCACUGCAAGCACUGCCAGGCCAGGAAAUUCAACUUGAAAUUACAUGUUUAAAAAAAACACUGCUUAUAUAGGACAAGUUUUCAGUUAAACUUGAUUUUUGUGAAUAGAAUUCUACACUUCCUUUAAAUGGAAUUAUCUCAGGUUUUACAGUACAAAAUGCAAUGAAGUCUGGAAGGCUGGAGUUACAUACAGAGGCUGACCUAAGGUUCAUAUGAGCUUUUGAAGUGUAUUUUGUUGUUAAAAUGUGAAUUUUUGUCAGUUUGAUGGAAGGUAAGGGUUGCUAUCUGUUUAACAAGAAAUAACUUGUUUAAGUUAAAGUUACAACUCCUAGAGAAAUAGAAUGUUAUAUAGUACAAAACCAGUGCAAGAUGUGCGACUUCCACAACUACAGGAGAGGUGCUGUUUCAUUGUUUCUUUGCUGCUGUUCCUCUAAGGUACAUGAUCAUAUUAAUAAUUAAAUAAUUAAAGCAACAAGCAUCAAGGUUAGCUGCUACACAUAAAUGCAUACCCAAGGGUAAAGAAUAGCUCAAAUUAAAAUGUACCUUAGUUUGAAGACAAAAUUACUUUAAAAUAGUUAAAUAUGAAGUGGGACUACUUCAGUAGGGAAAAAAUUAGUCAGGCUUCUAGCAAAAAUACUCUCAUUUUUCAAAUUCUUCAAGUUUUACAAUGGACUUGAUUUGAUUUUGUAUAAGAGAAAUAAAUGGUACACAACCAAAGCAGACAAAUGAAAUUAGCAUUUAUUUCUGAAGCACUAAGGUCACAAUACAAUGUUGUAUUGAAAGAGAAACUAAGUAAAUGAUGCUGUAGGUUAUUUAACUGUCCCCCAGACCCACAGGGAACAAUGAUUUCACACAAGAAUACUCAUUAAGAAAACUCUGCAGAUAACAAAAGGUGCAAUUACAAGCAAGUUUAAGCAGCAUAGUAUAAGGUGCUUUGUUUCAGCAUUUGUAGGAUGGAUUUAUCCAUUAACAGACAGAUUGAAGAAAUGUCAUUUUUACAGAUCAUAACAAUUGAGAGAAUCUAAAAUUCGUUCACAUGCUAGUUGGUAAUAGGAAAGUGCUUCUUAUAAAACGAUUCACAAAGUAAAGAUCAUACUUUUACAUAGCUCAUUGUGUGCUCUUCAACUGCAAAAUUUCGAUUUUGGGUAAUAAUUUAUUUUAUUCUAUAUCAAUUAUAGAGAUAGAUUUAAUUGCAGAAUUUAAGAUUACAUGGGUUAAAUUUUCUUAUAAAAGAAUAUUCUAGUAUUUCACUCCAUAAGAAUACCCAAUCACAUCUCAAUCAUAAAUUAAUCUUCAAUUUCUGAAACAUACUAAAAUCCGAUUAUUUUGAUUUAUUACUUCACCCCACAUAGUGCUUCUUUCACCCACAGUCUGUUGUAAAAUUCUUUGAGUUUUCUGUGAUGUAAUCAAAAGGGGACAAGCAUUUUUCAGCAGUAGAAAAUGGUUUGGGGAGAAAAUCUAGUUAAAAGGCCAUCAAAAGGAUAGUAAAUGAUCAAAAACUGAAUUUUAAAACUAGUGCAAUAAGAGGAGGCAAUGCUUAGCAAUAUAGUUUGAAGUGUUUGGCACCACAAAUUAUUUCAUUUUUUUAUGCUGGAAAAUGUAUUUGGAGGAAAUUCUAUUUCCAUGUUAAAAGCAGGAAAACACAUGCAAUGUUAACUGGAAAACAACCCUAAGCAAUCUCUCCCUGCUCCCUCAAACUGUGAUUGCUGUUAGUGCUGGAGAUGCUAUAGGAUAAACCAUGGCUAAACACAGGGGUUUGACACAGCAUUUCUUCAGGUUUUAUAGAAACUGGACACCCACUGAAAUGGGGCUGACAAAAUAUUUACAAAACCUAAUUCCAUUUGAAAAUCAGCAAAUACAUCAAAUCUAGGAAUGCACCAGGCAUUUCAGAAUCAUGAAAUAACUAAUUCAUACAGACUUGGCAGGCAGGGGGAAAUUCCUCUUUUAAAGUUCGUUCAACACCAGAUGAAGGAAAAGCUAUUUUCAAGUUCAUUUCAGGUGUGUUUUGCAUGGUAAGU